GAGGUUGAUCGUCCAAUUGAUAUCAAAAUGAAAAAAUCACUCACAUAUAAAUAUAUUGACUAAUAAUAGCAUUUUAAUGAUUCAGUAUUGGAAUAUCGAUAUCCUAAAUGAAUGGGCGGUGAAUAACAAAAUUCAAUAUCAGUUGUCAAGAACGAGCGCUAGUUGAAGAUACAGAAAAACUGUAUGUCUAGCUGUUUAUUAAUAAUAACAUGUAAGGUUAAACGCGUUAUAAACAUAACUGUGACUAGCGAGUAUUCCCAGUAGUGUUGUUAAAAAACUUUUAGUGUUAACCAAAGAAGUAUAAUUUAAUUGGUUACAGAAUUGGUUCGAGGCUAAUUCGAUUUCGAGAGAAGAAAGACUGAAACCAUUUCCACAUGACGGUCGAUGAUCUACCAAAGCCAUGGAAUUGACUCCAGGGUGGACCCCGGAUAAAGACAGAAGAACCCCGUCGCCGCGUUCUAAACGGAAAUUGAGCAUUCCAGUUGCCACAGGAAUAGAAAAUGCCGUUUUCAAGAGACGAUUCAGCAACGUUGGAGAUGCUGCUAGAAAGUUGUCGACAACAAUUGGAUGGAGCAAAUCCGCCCUGGAAACUCCCCCAGCAGAAAUAACAGCCGUAGGAAGAGCGCUGUGCACACUAUACAUAAGAAGCAGACUGAAACGGGCAGGGGUUUUCAACAAAAAAUUAGGCUUAACCAGGGUCAGAAGUGCGGUAGGUUCAUUGGAGGGAUGCGGGGAAGUAGUCAGAGACAUUUUUCCAGGUCUGUCCUGCGCGUGCGCUGAAUUGGAAGCGAUGCAACCGAAAUUAUUCACGAGGAUCGCCAGGCAGAUAGGUAGGGGACCGGACACGGCCGUUUCGGGAGUUCUUGUCGCUUUCGGAGAAGAGCUGCUGAAAGUCGAACCUACUUGGGGAAAGAUAAUCGCUAUUUAUUGCGUGGCGGCAGGGUUGGCGCUGGAUUCGGUGCGGCAGGGGCGAAUGGAGGACUUGCACGUCAUACAGGUGGAUAUGAAUGAACUUCUGGAAGACCGGAUGGCACUUUGGAUACAUACCAAUGGAGGUUGGCAAGCAUUGGCGGCCCACUGCAAAGUUCAGCAAGAGGAGACCUCAUUCGUGGAACAUUGCGCGAUGCUUGCGUUUGCAGUCUGCGUCCUAGUGGCCAUGUACUUCUUGGGGAAAUUUUUUUGGGCGAUUGGUACAUAAGCGAGGAUUUUUCCUAUUUUCUACAACGCCUUCUACCACUUUCCCGGGUGCAGUAUUAUGAAAAGAGGCUACGAUGUCAAGUGUACUUACCCUUGCCAAUGAAGGCACUUUAAAGAGGAAACAAUUUUCCUUGAUAUUUUCGGUGUCGCAACUCCUGCCGGAGCGGUUUUUUCUACGAAUAUGUUUAGGAUUUUUUGAAGGGCGGGUUUUAUUCUUAAUACUACGUUGCUCAGUCGGUAUAGCGAGAAGUAUUUAUUUUAUACUAUGUAAAACUAUUUUUAUACAAAUUUUGCUGUGAACUUGGUACGAAUAAACCAUU